CAACAAUAGACCCUUUUUCAACAGCUCUUUUACUUUUACUUUUACUUUUACCUUUUCUUUCUCAAAUCCCUUGUACAGCGAACGGGGUUCCCACAUUUCCCGAUAUAUUCACCGCGUCCCCUCAAUCCUACGCCUUGCGCCUAUAGAUCAACAGCAGCUCUCUCUCCCCAUCCCCGUUGCUCCAUACCCUUACGCCCCAAUCCAGCUAUAUUAGUUUUGCCAUUUACGUCCUAUUUAUCACAUCUAAAGACAUGGAGACAUAUAGAGGCUGCAUCGAGACCACCGAUGAUGCCCUUCUCAUUUUUGAGGCGUGCCGCCUCGGCAUGCUGCAGCGCGUGAGCCGGCGACUCGUCGAGGAAGAGCGCAACUGCAUUCAGUCUGGCUCUGUCUACGUCUGGGACGAGAGCGAGUCGGGCAUCCGGCGCUGGACCGAUGGCAAGCGCUGGUCGCCGUCGCGUGUCAACGGCUGCUUCCUGAUUUACACCGAGCUUGAGCCCAAGACCGCCGCCGCCUCGUCGCCGUCCAAGCCCGGGUUGGUCAAGAAGGCCCUGUCGCUGUUCACAGCACAUGCGAGCAAGCUGCACCUUGUCUGCUACUACAACAAGGAGGAUCUGAACAACGGCAAGCUGAUUACACCGUCGCAGGACCCGCUUCUGUGCAAGCUCCCGAUCCCGCGCAGCCUGUAUCCAGAUGUGAUCCCAGAGCUCAUCCACGUCGCUUCCAGCCACAGCAUCUCGGGCUAUCCGAUGCGCGCCGAUUCGUAUUCGCGCUCGUCUGCGCUCUCUUUGUACCCAGUGGCCCAGUCGUCGUCGUUGUCAUCUGCCCAGCGGUGCAGUGGCCAGUCGCGCUCUAGUGCUUUGUCAUCGGUGGCAGUAGGUUCAGACUACCUCCGCAACCAAUAUCCGCUUGUGCAUCGGCAGGCACCACCGCAAUACUUGGCCUCUCAGUGUGCAAGCCCCCAGGCUCGCCCCAUUAGGCAUCAGUGUCACUCUGGACCAGUAAUGCAUGACACGCACCAAUCACCGCUAUUUCAGCCGCACUAUAUGGUCUCGGUUCCUGCCGGUAGCCCACAGCCCACCGCCAACAAGGUCAAUAAUCACCAAACUCUGGCGAUUUCCAAAUACGACCCGAUCUCCAUGCCUCAGGGCCCUCGGUCUGCCCCGCUUCUCCGCACUGAGACUAAGCAGGAGCAAAAUUCCGCCAUCCAGCAACUGCAGCACCAGCAGCAACAUCACCCGGCGCACCCGAUCUCCGAGCUUCAAUACUCGGCUACUUCCCGGAGCGGAGUCAUCAAUCACCGCAGCAUGAGCCAGCCCGUGCCCCCACGCAGCAGCAUCUCGCAAUCCACCGAGGUCUUACCGUUGGCCAUGGUGCCGUGCCAGCGGUCAAGCACCACGACCAGCAUGGCUGGCACCAGCAGCUCGCCAUCGUCGAGCAGUGUGCGGCUCCCGCCCAUCUCUGACCUGUUCAACGCAGUCGAGCAAAUUUCAAAGCGGCGACCAGCCAAUGCCCCCUCGUCGGUGGAACUGUCCGGUGCCCGCGGCCGGUACAUGGGAGAGCCAUGGGGCCGCACCAGUGGCUUGCGGUCAACCAUUCGUGGACCCGGUGGAUACCUAAGCGGGAACAAUGACAUGGCCGAGCACAAGUAAAAAACAUUGUCUUUCUAGUUUAUUCAAUUCGCCUUUUGUAACCUCAUUUACCUUAUUAUAGUGCUUUCCAAAAAGUGCAACAGC